CUGUCGGUCGCUAGCGUCAUUAAGCUCAUUUGAGCCUCUGAUGUCUCAUCAUUUCAUGCUCCCUCCCACCCGCCGUGGAGAAGGAAGAAGCGGGACGCAACGAAUCUUGGAUGCCCGCUUGCCUGGGCUCAACGUCCAGUCACAAGGCCGAUGCCUCUGCGGGCCUAGAUGUGUGGAUCAGGCCCAAGAUUCUCUUGAUAUUGGCUCUCUGCUGCGCGUGUGCCAAGAACCUUUGCACCCUCCGACAAUACUCGUGCUGGGCAGUCUGCGCCAGGGCAUCCCGUGGGGGAUUGGAUUCGUGGAAGGUGACGACCCCGUCGCCCAUGCAGAUGGUCGCCGACGGCGGACCCCUUGAUCUUGGCUGGGGAGGGCAGGCCUGCCGGGCCAGACCCCCAGGAAUCCAGGAUGAGCAUGAUGGACCCUGGCAGACAUCAUUUUCCCUUGUCUAAAGGUGGAUUUUCCAGGGCCCGGAGAUACAUCUUCUCCUCUAUAUCCAACGCUGGCGGAAUUCUGCAGACGAAAGUGCCUUUUCGAUUUGAACGUUUGACGGUCACGAAUACAAGACGAGGCGUGCUUCUCCUUCCCCCGUGGUCCUCAGU